GGGGUGAAGAUAGAGGUGUUUCGUAUGAUGCUGUAUCUGUCUUUCCCUGUGACCAUGUUCUGGAUCUCCAACCAAGCAGAGUAUUUUGAAGAAUAUAUUGUGAAGAGGAAGAGGGAGAUUUUCCCACCUGAUGAGAAGAUGCAUAGGAAAGAGCUGGAAGACUUCAAAGAGCGGAUGCGAGACUGGAAGGAGCGGCGGCUACUGAAACGGAUGGCCUUUGAUGAGGCUGAGAAGGAGUGAGAAGGACAGUUCAGAGAGACAAUCAGAGUAGGACGAUGCCCAAUCAGAAGCCUUGUUGUUCCACAGGAGGGGGAGCAGUCUCACUGUCAGGCCUGUGGACUGGAACAUGUGUAAAGCCCUGAAAGAAAUUGAUUAAAAACAAUCCCCUGGCCCUGAUGAACUAGACCCCCGCCUCCACCUAGCCACAGACAUCAUUGCUCCCCCUUAACAUGUAUUUUUAACCUUAAGCUUGAUGUUAAGGAAAUCCCCAAGUUAUGGAAAUCUGCUUUUGUACUGCCUCUUUUGAAAGGUGGAGAUCCCCCGCUACUUGACAACUAUCGACCCAUAUCAAAAUUGUCUGUACUGCCAAAGGUACUGGAGUCCUUAGUUAGUAGGCAGCUUAAGACCUACUUCCAAGAAAACAUCUUAAAUGGAAUGCAAUCAGGUUUUAGGUCUGGCCACAGCACUGUUUCAGUAACAUUGAAGAUUUUAAAUGACAUCCACUGUGCUCUUGAUAAGAAGUUACAUUAUGUGUCUGUUUUUAUUGAUUUGUCGAAGGCUUUUGACACCGUGGACCAUGCUGUGUUAGUGCAAAGAUUAAAAUGUUGUGGAAUUACUGGUCAUGCUCUAGAUUGGUUUAUAAAUUACCUAUCAAAUCGUACACAAUGUGUAAUGGCGGAUGGUUGUAAAUCCAUAGAGGUGUGCUCAGGUGUUCCUCAAGGUUCUAUUUUGGGCCCACAGUUGUUCAUUUUGUAUAUCAACAACAUCGGGGAUCUUAUUGAAACAGCGGAUGUUAAUUGUUAAGCAGAUGAUACUGUUCUUUAUUCAAGUGGUGGUAGUUUCUUUAGCUUUUGAAAAUGCCCAAAGAGCAUUUAACAUCAUACAACAGAAUCUGUAUGAUUUAAAGCUGAUUCUAAAUUCGGUUAAAACAAAAUGCAUGGUAUUUUCAAAUGCCAGGCAUGUUACAAAUCAUGUCAUUGCUACAUUGGCUGGACAUACUAUAGAGCAAGUUGGUGUACAACUAUUUGGGUGUGUGGGUUGAUGAUAAGCUGAGCUUCAACUGUGCAUGUAGAGAACUUGAUAAGGAAGCUCAAGCUGAAAAUGUUAUUUUAUUACCAGCAUAAGGCUUGUUUUUCUUUUAAAAUGUGAUGAUCUAGUUUUGUUGGUGGAGUUUAAACACUUGUUCGAUGUAUAUAUCAUAGAAGAGUGUAAUUGUUUUUAGGCCAGCCGUUUUUAGUCAAGAUGUUUGUGUUUUUAAUGUAAUAUGUAAUUGUUGUACUGUAUGUGUGUUUAUAGUUUUGUUUAAUGUAGUGUUUAAGUUGUUUUGUCUGAAAAGUUGUUCCCCUUGCUGCUAUUGGACCAUGUCUCUUGGAAAAGAGAUAUUAUCUCAAUGAGAAAAAACCUGUAUAAAUAAAAAGGUAAAAUUUAAAAAUGUUCCCUGUCACAAAAGGCACCCUAUUACCUAUUUAGUAUACUACGUUGACCAUGGCCCAUAGGGCUAUGGUAAAACUUAGUGCACUUUAUAGGAAAAAGGGUGCCAUUUGGGGUUGGAGGAUUUUGGAUGUCGUGGAGCAUGUAGGCUAUACUAUACAGCCUUUGGGAGGUUGUGCUGGAGGGGGACCUUAAAGUUACCCCUUUGAACUGAAAAGCUUUUUAUGAAAUGCUUUAUUUCACUGCAGUAAACCACGACUUGACUGUUGAUGAUCUGCUCUGUGAUGGUAAACCUUGUGUGUGUGUGAUUGUCUCAAGAUGUGUGAAUGAAAUAUGAGGACAGAAUCAUAUGGCUUGGAAUGUUAUUUAUAAUGUUUUAUUUAGAAUGUGUCUUUUGUAAAUGUAUGUUUCAACUCUGUCCUUUUAAUUAAAGUUUAAAUAUCUCUUUGUUGAACCUCUU